AUGUUUAUUCACAAACAGAAGAAGAAUUUGCCAUCGAAAGGCAAACGGUUUUUGAUUAGCAUUACGGUGCUCGGAAGCGCGGGCCCCAUUCGGUUCGUGGUGAACGAGGAUGACCUUGUUGGUGCAGUUAUGGACACCGCUAUGAAAUCGUACGCGCGUCAAGGCAGACUCCCCGUUCUUGGAUCCGAUCUCAACGCCUUUAUGCUCUACAGCCCAUUUGCCGGAACUCAAGCUUUGCUUCCAUGUGAGAAAAUUGGAUCGGCUGGAAUUCGAGAUUUCAUCUUGUGCAAGAAGCCCCAAAUCGAGAUGGCGAUCACGGACGACAACAACAAGGCAUCUCCAAAGGGAUCCGGAAGUUUGAGGGCGUUUUUCAAUAAAUCUCUCCAUGUUAAGAUAUCGUUUCAUUGAAUUGAGAUUCAACUCAUCGGCGAAAACAUGUUGAAGAUGUUUUCUUUGUCUUCGUUCUUCUUCAUUUGGAUGUUUAU